UGCUUGCCUGACGCCCAGACGGAGGCCGUGUGGCUGACCAUCCGGCGCGCGCAGGCCGAGGAUGCAGCGCUGGAAGGCGGCGGCCCUGGCCUCGGUGCUCUGCAGCUCGGUGCUCUCCAUCUGGCUGUGUCGGGACGGCCUGCUCCUCAGCCACCGCCUGGGAUCCGCGCUGGCCCCGCUGCGCCGGCCGCCUCGCACCCUGGACGCCCGCAUCGCCCGCCUGGCCCAGUACCGUGCACUGCUGCAGGGCGCCCCGGACGCGGUGGAGCUGCGCGAGCUGACGCCCUGGGCCGGCCGACCCCCGGGUCCGCGCCGUCGGGCGGGGCCCCGGCGGCGGCGCGCGCGUGCGCGGUCGGGGACGCGGCCGUGCGGGCUGCGCGAGCUCGAGGUGCGCGUGAGCGAGCUGGGCCUGGGCUACGCGUCGGACGAGACGGUGCUGUUCCGCUACUGCGCAGGCGCGUGCGAGGCGGCCGCGCGCGUCUACGACCUGGGGCUCCGGCGCCUGCGCCAGCGGCGGCGCGUGCGGCGGGAGCGGGUGCGCGCGCAGCCCUGCUGCCGGCCGACGGCCUACGAGGACGAGGUGUCCUUCCUGGACGUGCACAGCCGCUACCACACGGUGCGCGAGCUGUCGGCGCGCGAGUGCGCCUGCGUGUGACUCUACCUCACCGGGCCCGGCCCCACGGCGGCCACGCCCCCCCGCCCCGACGGCGCGCCCGGCCGACCCCGCGACAGACUGCCCAUGCGCUGGAGAGGCCGGCGCGGCCUCGGGACUCUCGCGAUAACUGUACCGAGAUAAAGUGUGGAAAACCGA